AUUGCUUGCUGCUGUCUGCUGGCAGAACUCCAAGGGUCUCCUGCUGCACCAAUUGUCUGCCUCCCUCAGAAGCUGAUUUCAUAGCCUGACCAACUCCUCCAAGCUACAGCUCCUCAGCCUCUUCAUCUCAGGAACUGAUACUAGUUCUACUGAAGACUUCGUCCCUCACAAGGCAUUAACAGACGCCUGCUCUUUGUUUAUGUGGUCUUUAAAGCUAUAGAAUUUGAGUUUAUCUAAAUUAUUGUUAGCAAAAUCUGUUUUCUCUUAGACGUUUCAUCUGCUCUGCCCUCUGUGGGAUGUGAAAUGUUCUUAUGACCAAUAGCAUUCUAGACGAGAUCAUCUACUGUGUUUGGCAUAGACAAUAAACUCCUGCUAGGAGUAAUAGAGUCCUACAUUUCACUCUUUUAACAGUUACCUAUUUAUUUCUCUUAGCUUUCAUCUAGGUCUGCAUAUGGUUUUAUUGGGCCUAAAAGAUAUAAAUUCUUUACUGAGAAAACAUUUUACUUACCUAGUAAAUUAUUGGUUCAUGUGUAUGCUAGUUGAGAAGCUCAUGUGCAUUUGUAGAUACUGAUUUCCAUGUGCCUAUUUAUAUGAAUUGAUUUCAUAGGUCAAGUAAAUUUCCGUCCAAAGCCAAGCUUCUAAGAAUAUAUAUAUAACCGUUUUGUAUUUGGAUGUUGUAGAAACUUUAUAUUCCAUUAAACAUUUAAUUCUAAUUCUAUAACAUUGAGCAAUAACUUCAUGACGUCAUUUGUACUUCAGUUCAUGGUAGCCUGUCUUUGAUGUUUGGUUUUCCAUUCUUAAAAAUCUGUGUAGUAACUUUUCCUUCUAUUUUUUCUUGCAGGGUUAAGGUAUUAAAUUCUACCAUAUUUAGAACAAUGGCCAACUCUAAGUUUUCUUACGUGCGUUCCUUUGAAAGAAACGAUGCUUUAGCCCCCGACCACUGGAUUGUUGUGAGUCUAGUGAACCAGAACGACAAAUUCCGACGCCAUGUUUACCGCGACAAAGACAGUCGCAUGAAGUUUGCAUACCUCCUGCGGCAGAGCAGCAAUGAAGUCAUGCAGCAGUUCAAAGAACUCAAGCUUGCAUAUCUCCACUCCCAGUCCGUGCAUUUUGUGUUCGACAAAACAACAUCCGCAUACCAGAGGCGCUGUGCUAAACUGGUCUCUUACUUUGCCAGUUGUCUUACUUCUUCCUGUGUUUCUAACUGGGAAGAAUUCAUGAAAACUCCUGUGCUCCACACUCCGUGUUUUACAGGGAAGGUCUAUCUCCUCCCUUCGGACCAACAUCUGCGAGAUUUUGUUACAAUGCAUCACAUGAACCAUCAUGGCGAAAAUCUCAAACUGACUCUAGAAGAAGCCAUCAGCAGCCAGGGCGACAAAACACUAGGUUCAGGUUCAUCCAAUGAAAUGUGCAUCAGUGACACACCCGCUGUUACCUCGGAAUCAUCAAACUGUGUUGAAGAAAAUGGUCCAAAAGAUGAUAUUUCUGCCAAGGAUGUGCCAACUGAUGAUGAAUCUCAAGAGUCCCCUGAGAGGAAUGAUCUUCCUGAAGGUGCUACAGACGCCCUUACAGGGAGUGUUGAUGACGACCAAUUGCUUGCUUCCAUCAGCACCUCUGAAUUGACCAAGACAGCAAAAAGUUCAAGUCCUAAAACCAAUGGAAAAUCAAAACGCGCUGGCAUUUCUUCAGCCUCUAAAGCCUUCUACAACGAGCAACUCUUCUCUCGCUUUGGCAUUAACUACAACAAUGAGCCUGAGAUACUGAAGAAAGGUGUGUUCUUGGUCAGGCAAAAGAUCCCUGUUACUAUACUCAAGGGUGUGAGAUUACCCACUAGAGUGUAUUUCUAUAUCGAAGAUUUGACAAAAGAUGAUUUUUGGAAAGACAUCCUUGAGGACAAAACUGUCCUCAAGGCCAAGUUUGAGAAGCUGCUCAAGUUCGAGAGGUUGGAGUCUCUCACGCCGCAUGCGUGGGUGGUGGUGCGCAUAGACGGCAGAGCUUUCCACAAGCUCUCCAAGCAACACAACUUCGAGAAACCCAACGACCUGCGCGCCAUUCAGCUCAUGAACAUCGCUGCUGCCACCGUCAUGCACUGGAUGCCUGAUAUCGUCAUCAGUUACGGCGAGAGCGACGAGUACAGUUUCGUGUUUGACCGAUACGGAUCGCGGUACCCGAGGUCUACUAGUGCACUAGUUGCCCAAUGCGUGUCUCUGUUCACUGGAGCUUACGUGAAGAACUGGAGGAUGUGCUUCGGGGAGGACUGUCGCUUGAAAACCCUGCCUGUGUUCGACGGAAGGAGUAUUGAAUAUCCUACGAACACAUCCUUGAGGGAUUACCUCAGCUGGCGGCAGGCUGACUGUCAUAUUAAUAACUUGUACAACACCGCGUUCUGGGGUCUCAUCAACUUGAGAGGUUACUCCAAUGUUGAGGCUGAUAAAAAGCUUAGCGGGACUUUCUCGCGGGACAAGCGGGCAUUACUCCUGGAAAUGGGCAUAGAGUAUGAUGAGGAACCUACCAUCCACCGCAAAGGUAGCGUCAUUUACCGCAAGCGCGUCAAGGCACGAACGCAGAACAAGCUGAAGGCGGCGAGCGCUAUUGUGAGGGAGGCUCGUAAGGAUGGCCGUAGCGCUGCCUGGUGGAACGCUGAGUGUGAGGCCGCUAAGGCCAAGAGAAACAACCUCCGCAAGUUGUAUGAGGUGUCGCCGUCUCAAGAAACUCUCAGGAGUUUGUUGGAAGAAGAAAUUAAUGCCAGAAAAGUCAUUAGGAAUGCCAAGGCGAAAUUUAACGCAAGUUUCACACUAACGCAUCCAGCCAUAGAGGUUUCAUCUGACGAAACUAAGUCUUUGUCUACAAGCAAAGACUCAGAUUCAACGCUCACGAACACUUCGACGUCAAACACAUCAAGUGAUUCAAGUUCUGAAAAGUUGCUGGAAGGUGAAAAGCCUCUCAGUUCUGUGGCCCUGGCUUCUGGUCACGUGGCCGAAGACCUUGAAAUGAUUCCAGCCACGUUAUCGACUGAGAAACCGCGGGACAAUAAAGAGACACCAUCUCGGUUUUUCAACAAAAAGGGCAAGUCAUGGUGGACGUACGAGUGUCAUAACGCAAAGGUGUCUCGCAUGGAGACCAUGAAGGCAUUCAAAAAAGAUCCUACACAGGAGAAUGAAUUCAAGUUCCGCAUGGCAAGCCUGCAGUUCCGAGUCCUGGUCUCCAAGUCCAAGGCUGAGAUGCGGGAGAUGAGAAAAAUGUCUGCUAAAGAUCGUCAGAAGAAAGUGAAGGUAGUUGAGCAAAAAUGUGAAGCUGAUGAUGAAAAGAAAGUCUCAACAAUCGCAAUGGGACUGACAGACAAAGCAGAAGCAUCAAAAGAUGCGCAUAAGUCAAUAAGUAUUGGUGAUGAACAGAACUUGGAUUCUGAAUUCCACAGGAUGAAAAUUGAAUCGCCAAAACCCGAGAAAGAUUUUAGUGAUGAAACCGAAAACCCAAAAGCUGGAGAAAACAUUACCAUCGACGUACCCAAAAUGAACAUUACUCCACCCAUCGGUACUGAACCUAACGAAAGUGUGAAGUCAAAGACAUCCGAGUUGGACAAGCUGGCAGACGGUCGUUUGAAGACCAUCUCCGAGCAGGUGGCCAGACAUCAGGUCUUCAUCUCGUCGCUGCAGAACGAUCUGGUGCUUUGUUUUGACGACGUCAUCGGACACGAGUUCUGGCGCAAGAACAAACACCUUCUCGGUACCGAGAAAUCUGCUUUGGCCUUCGAAGAUUUGUAAAUCUGAUGCAUUUAUCUGCUAUGUUUCAAAUUUCAUUGAUGUCAUAACAUGCAGUAUGUUUAGUUAGGUUUAGUCAUUAGCCAGUUUUUGAUUUUGAGGUAUUGGAAAGCAGUAGCGGUGGCAUUUUGUAAGAACGAAAAAAGACUUUACAUUAAAAUGUCCUGGUGCAUUGAUCCAGUCUUAGGCCUUUAUUCUAAGGUAUCUUCUAGUGUUCCUGAAGACAUGCGUAUGGUUUUGGCUGUGAAACAUUUUAGUAUAUAUGUUGGUCCCUAUUGUACAACAAGGAGAAGCCAGGGUAUUGCUUGCACAGGAGGGUUGGAUUGCCAGCUACAUAAUCUGUACCUUUCAUCUGUUUAUUCCGUAAAAUAUUCUCUUAUAACAUUUAUUUUGUGUCUUAACCCUGAAACUAGGCCUGUUAUUGAAGUUUUCAGGAUUAGCUCGACUUCUUUAGUGUUCAACAAAGGAACUUUGCUUAGGAGUCUUUGUUUUGUGCAGAUCUAAUGAACGUUAGGCAGGCAUUUCUGUUUUUUGGCUUGAACAAAUUAAUGUUGCCUACGGAAUUUUAUUUUCUAUCAAAGAAACGAACAGUACGUACGGGUUUUACUUCUGUGUUUAAUAAAUGAACUUUGCA